UGCGAGUCCCUGUGGUGAGGUCCCAAAACAAUUAUGCAUGUGUCUCGACUGCAGCAUCUGUCUCGUGAGGAUUGCUGUGUUGCACGAGAGACAUGUAGGGUAUAUCUGAAGCUCGCAGGGGGCAGUCUCGGGCUUUCCUUGAUGUGUUGGCCUACUACCAGAGAAGAAGUCAAUGGAUUAGUCCCGGAAGUUUGGAGACUCGGAGCACAGCUGUUUUGAGCAGAGCAGUCUACAUUCAUGGUUCAGAUAACACAUUGCUGCUCUGGACGUUAUCCUGACUACUCAGCGGUUCCUUCCCUGUCCUCUCGUCUCUUCACAUCUUCGAGCGGCCUCGCGUUGCUCCUUUUCGGCAGCCGUCUCGUGCCGUGUUCUGCGCUCACGAGAGGAUGGUUUUGUCAACAUCACACCAAGUCGCUCUGGCGUUCACGGCCGUGCUUUUCACGUUCGUCGUCCUGCCCAGGAUGUUCAGCAGCGGGACUGUGGCGAAGGAAACGAGAGUGGACCCCCGCUACAGCAAAAAAGCAGCAGGUCCGGGUGCAGUGAAGGGUCAGCCCGUCAACCCUAACGCCCCCGGUUCAUCUCAGACCGCCGAGAACAUGCAGCAGAUGAAGAAGCUGAUGGAGCAAGAGCUGAAGAGUGAAAAGUACAACCAGUACAAGUCCAACAGCAACAAGAGCUACGUGUUCACGCUGAUGCCCCUCUACGCCAUCGGAGUCGGAGUGUUUGCGGCCUACAAGUUUUUGAAGAUCAAGUCUGCAGACGACCAGGCGCAAAAGGACAAAUUUGCAAAGGGAGCCAAAAAGUCAGUGGAGGCAGAGAACCAGCUGAGCGAGCUGGAACAAAGGCUAGCGCAGACGGAGAGGAUGCUCAACUCCAUCCUCACGCAGCUGGACCCGCUCACUAACUGUGUGAAGUCCGUGGCCCAGGAGCAGAAGAACGAGAUCAUGUCUCAACUCCAGACCAUCCGGCACCUGAUGAAGAAGAGAGGAAUGGACUGUCCCCCCCUGAACGAAGCGUCCUGCGAGCGUAACCUCGACGACCUCAUCGAGUCACUCGGAGCCGGCGACGCCUCGGCAGCGGAAGCUCCUCUGGCGGACGAGCAGAGCUCUCCAGGGACAGCAGAGGCUGAACAAGUCUAUCAGAAGCGUUUGGAAGACGAAGCCGCAACAGAAGGUGAAGAGGUGAAGGAGCUCGUACCAGAGGAGUCAGACGGGGAAGCGGAGGAAGAUGGCAAUGUGGAGGAGGAGGCGGAGGAUAGAGAGGAGGAGGAGGACGACGAAUUGGAGGACUCUGAGCUCAACGAGACAAACAUUGGUGAGGCUGGAGCGAAGCAGCCGUCGUCCGGCCUCAGGCGACGCAACAGGCCUGACUGAACUCACGGCGGACUUCUGCACUGUGCAGAGAUGUGACAGAUUGAUAUUUAUUACCUGAAAGGCUUUCAUUCCAAAAAGCUGUCAGUAUAAUUACCAAAAACAUAUAUUGCAUUAUAACCUAACAAGGAAAGCUCGCCAACACACAGGGCUUUAUUUUCCUGUCACACUCCCAAGGACCAGCACCUACAUGUGUGUGUUACAUGUAACACAUCACGCCAAAGUCUCCCAUAGAAGAAGGCCAUUAGUGAUGGCUUUGUUGAAGCGCUGAGGCUUUAAUGCCAGCUGCAUUGAAAGCUCCGCUCCACUCUUUUUUUUUUUUUUUUUAUUUUAAUUAAAUUUAAUAAAAAAUUUUGGUACCACAUCAGUCGAGGUUCCAAGCGAGCCGUGGCGACACUGGAAGUAAUCAGAAUACUGCAGGCUGCUGACUGGUUAGAGAAAAUCGUCACGGGACAUCCUUCACAAACCUGCCAUUUUUUUUAAAUUGCCAUGUUGCCGUCAAUGGUGCCCACAAUUUUUUUUUUUUUUGUGUUAAUUAACAUGACCCAAUUUUUAUUUAUUUUUUUAAAUUGGCUGCCCUCAAAACUACGCACACAACUAACAGAAUGCAGAGGUUCCUCUGUUCGGUUACCGAUGAAAGCAUUCAGCAGUUUACGUAUUGCGCGGUGUGUCGGCUGAGAAUCCCGCCCACACUGAGGGUUUACUAUCUGCAGUGGAAAACGAAAUGGAGAAAAGGACCAGGUGCCUAAAUAUUGACCCCAUCUCAACAGCUAGCGCAUCACUGAUCCUCCUCACCAUUCAGGGAGCUCUUGUUCCCUGUAUGGAAGCAUCUGUAUUUGCUUUAUUUCCCACCACAUUUAUUCCGAUUGUUCCUUUUUAAUAUGUCACUCAUCCUCAUAAUAAUACCGUGCAGUCCAGACAUAAUUGAUUUGUAGCGGUGAGGGAUGAGAUUUUCAUAUUGCCCUCGCACAAAAAAACGUGCAAAAGGUCUGACGCACGCGUGACCGUGCAACAAAUUGCCACCGCACUUGGUGCUUUUAUAAAUGGCAGUUUGUCAUAUUGGUUUAGGUUUGCACUUGCUUGAAUGCCAAACGUGUAUAAUCUACAUAUGAGGUGGCGGUCGGUCGAUACCACCAAUGUUUUUGGCCUUUACCAUUACAUUUCUCACGGUGGACAACUUGUCCGAUGUCACUGAUAACAGUCAUGACUGCGUUCCAUUCAAAUUCAGUUCAAGGACUGUCUUACUGGGACACUGUAAUGGAACAAAACCACUGUUAAUGUUAUUAGUUCCCCGUGUGUUUCCUGCCAUGAGAAGUGGUGAUUCCACCAUGAUUAAUGCCACAGGACAUGAGCCUGGAGCUCUUUAUAGACCCGGCUUCUCUGUUCUCAUUGUUGCAUCGUAACCCUGCACCAUCCUGUGCUGCCUCCUGCUAGCGGGGAUGAGACAAUUGCAGAGUUGUUGCUUUCCUAUUUUAUUAAUGCAUAGUAAUAGAUGACUUUUUUAUCACAGAGGGAUGUUGCUGGAUGUGAUGAGCCUACUUUGACUCCAGAAUAUUCUAAUGUACAUAGAGGAAGUGUGAACUCGGGCUUGCGGCAUGCUGCCUAUACAUCGAAACGUAGCUGCAUGUCUUUUUCAUUUUUUUUUUGGUGUCUAGACAUUGUGACUGUAUGGUGUUUUCAUUUAUUUAUUCAAUAAGUUGAUCAUUUGAUCAACCAGAGAGACAUUAACUCUCGUACCAUUUUUCUACCGUUCUAAUAGCUUUUGUGUGAUUGUUUGUUGGAUGCCGAUAUUGCGAUAACGCAAAUCAGAGCUUUCUAUCAGUAUGGCAUGAAGUUGUAGAAGAAGAAGUUGGGGAACAGCGAAAAUAAAUUAAUUUGACAUUACGUGCGACAUAUAGCAAACAGUUGCUUUUUUUAUACACACCGCAACAUUAACAUUCAUUCGGAGUUGUGUUUCUGGACACUUGACAAAUGUAAGUCCAUUAUAUUGUAUUACAUUUAAGCUCUCCUCCCACUUCUGAGGUUUAGCUAACGCAAGCAUUCAGCGCAUUGCUAGUUGAGUAAAUGUCGCUAUAUAAUUCAGUGUGCUUUGUAGCACAAAGGCAGUAAACCUGCCGUUGUGCUACAAAGCACACUGUAUAUAAUCCAUCGGGCUUA